AUGCCUCAAUCGAAGCUGCAGCGGCGACCAAUCACGCCCAGCACGACCUACACGCUCGCGCACACUGCUCAAUGCAAACUCAAACUGGCGGCCAACAGACCCGACCGGAAUCUCCGGUUCGUUCUAGGCCAUGCUUUCACCCUUGACAAUCUGAUGCUGCGCAUCGUCGAGAUCGAGAAUCAGAGUGCCAAAUCGGCAUUUCGGGAAGGAAACAAAUCACCAUCUUCGUCUUCACCUCCGGGCAGGAACGUCAGUAAUCACUAUGACUGCUCCGCCACCAAAGCCGAUGAGGCAGAGAGGUAUAAGGACAGGGCUGAUGUUGGAUCUGAUCUCGACGCGGCACCACCACCAUACGAUUAUUCCGCUUCCAGCACAAAAGAGAGGACAUCGCGAAAUGCCACCACGUCCACCCACAGCCAGAGCCACAGCAGCAGUCGUAGAAUAAGUUUCCGCGACAACAAUGCUAGGCCAUCAAGUACUAGUACUGCGGGAGUUGGAUCAAACAACAAUAAACCCACUAGUGACCGUGGCCGUACCAACAAACCCAGCUCAAGUCCAAAUCCGUUUCGACGAAACCGGUCACCUCCCCCUUCUCAUCCAGCAGCAGGAUCAGAAGCAAUAUCCUCCUCCGCCGCAGCCAUCGAACACGAAGUUUUCAACAAUGACAAAAACGACGCUUCCGAAUCAACUCCCAGUACCACCUCGUCAGACGACUACGACGACCCAGAGAGCAUCAUCCACGAGUUCGAGGGUGUCUCGCUCCAAGAAGAAGCUACCUCUGGAAUUGGAGCGGGCGACGACUCCGAUGUUGGUGCUACUGCUGAUGCUGCUGAGGUAUUAUCGCCCAGACGCAGCCACCGAGAGAACCAGAACCAGCGCGACUCAUCGGUGAACUGGGACGCCGAAGACGAGGCUUUGGAAUUGGCAGACGACGAACUCACGCUCGAUUCGACCACUGCGGAUGAAGAUGCCGAUUCGAGAUUGAGCGCGGUGACCAACAACACGGAUGUGGAUGCGGAAGCAGACGCCGACGUGGAUCGCGACGUGGGUGUUCUUGCAGCAGACGAUGAGGAAAAUGAUGAAGAUGACUCUGGACUGGCGCUCCGCCGCUUUGACUCGGCGUCAACGCAGCCACCGAGGGGGAGGUCGCCGCCUCCAGAGUCGACGUCGUUGGAGUCUUUGUCAUCAUCUUCUGCUUCUUCUGCUUCGUCGUCGUCGCCUCUUUCCGUUCGUGGCAAAGAACAGAAAACAAGAGCAGGGCCAGGAGGAGAGGAGGAAGAGGAGGAAGACGAUGAUGACGACGACGACGACCUUUACAUUGGUGGCAAUAAGCAGUCGAAAUUACAAGCCGGACCGCAAGGAGGAAAGAAAGACCCAGAAGGAGACCCUUCUAUUCGUCCCGAGGAGCUGGAUCUAGAGGCUGAGAAGGAAGGAGAUGCAUACGAAGAAAACGACGAAACCGAGAACGAACCAAUAACCCCGCCCCAACUGCCUGCGGAUGUCGAUAUCAAAGAAAUCGUACAGGGUGACAAGGACCUUGAGCUGACGAGCCUCUAUGAGUCCGUCAGACGGUGUCGGUGUCAUGGACACCAGGAUAGCGUGGGAGGUCCGCCCGCUGGGGUCUGGGAUGUGCCGAUGGAAAAGACGGGCGGGAAGAGGUUGGCUGUUGUGGCUUUGGCGAGUGCUGCUUAA